UUCAGAAAAUGUGUAUGUAAUGGAUGAUAUCGAUUUUGACGGAGAAGAUGGGAAUGGUAAACUAUCCAUGAUUGAUGAAGAAGAUUUAACAGUGAUACCCAGCAAACGAUCAAAGGAAGAAAAAGAGAAGCCACCAAAGGGGGAGGUUUCGAAACACGAAUACCAAGAAAUUAUCGAUGCUAUCCAUUAUUCGUGCAUGCUUAUACAGGACGAAGUUGUUGAAGAGUUGGAGAAAAAAGGUCAGGAAAUGGAAUUUGAAAAAGAAGUAGUCGCACAAGUGGCUUUUGCUAUAUGUGACACCCUAUGUCUUACCUGGCCCAGUGAACUCCUGCAGUUCGCAAAGCAUGGAAGGCGUUCGAUCGUCAAUAUCUCGGAUCUAACGCUCCUUUUCCGAAGAAAUGAAAACAUGCUUUCGCUUAUCCGAAGCAUUGGUGAAAGCUCAUUACUUCCGGUUAGAAAAAGACAGCCUCGGAAGGGUGCAAGCAAAAAGAACAAUAAGGCAACUGAUAGCAGUCGAAAGAUGGAUAGUGAGAAUUCAAGAGAUGUGGGUGCUUUGUCACCUGAUAAGGAUACUCUAAAGUUGGCGGAUUUUUGGGAUCAGCCUUCAACGAGUCGAAAACGACCAUUACUAUUGUUGGGAGCAUCUAAAUACACCUCAGCAACUACGGAAGGAAAAUUUCUACCUGAUUCAAUAUCUCUGCAAAGAAAGGAGGUUACUGCGAAGAAGGAUGAAACGCUACCCUGUUGCAAGGAAAAAGCAGAUAUUACUGAGUCAAGAAAAAAAGAUAAUGGACGAGAAAGACAAAAUCAAACAACGGAGCAACGGUUACAACCAGCCUUUCUUCUAUAUGGUUCUGAAACCGGGGAAGAGCAGAAGCUGGAAUCUCUGGAUAUUAAUAUUCCAUGUUAUUCGAACAAGGAAGAUUUGCAACACCGAAAACCACAGUGCGUUACUGGUUCCUUGAGUGUACCCAAUCGAAAAAUACGCGGAAUAAAUAAAUUGGAUUUAAGCAUUUGUACAACAGACAUAUCCAGAGAAGUAAAAGUAAAUGUGAGAAAUCCAACCGUUCCAAUCUUAGAAUCAGAUAAUGAAAUGCUUGUUGAAAGUUCGACUACAGUAGCUGCUAGUCCUGAAACAACAUCUCAUAUAAAAGCAAAUAAAACUGAUAGGGACAAAAUGGAAUUUCGAAUUGAAAAUGUCCCAGAUGGUAAACCUAUUUUCUCCGCCAGAACUCCUGAUUUGAACUCGAUGAGAAGAAUAAGUGGGAGACAGCUUACGGAUACAUCAUUAAGGAAUAGAUCCAGCGCCGCAGAUGACUGCUUUUCGUCUUUCAAAUUUGAAUCAGAUGACGAAGAUUCGGACCAGAGUUUAGUGAUGGGAAAUAAAGUCACGAAUGACAAGAACGCAGUGUCACCAUCAGUCAGCAAUAAUAGGUGUUCUACUGGUGAAUGUGCUUCGAUGAGUGAGAAUCGAGAACAUCGGGACAUCAGUGGUGAAGAAAGUGAUGUAGAUCUGGAUGCAACUGUUUUUGAUUUCUAAUUAUGAAGUUUUCGGCUGUUAUUGUAUUUGUAUCAUAUUUAGCUGUUGAAAAUACUUUACUGCAAAUUUAAAAUUAUGAUGUCCGCAAUAUGUUUAUGCUGUGUUCUUUGGGAAUACAUGAUGCAAAGAUGGUAUUUUUGUUUACUGUUUGCAAAGAUAAUUCAGGUACUGUUUCAGGAAUACUAUUUCAGGUAGAUGUUUUUCCGAUGCAUAAAGUUGAAGAUUGUUGUAUUUUUUUUUUUGUUUAGGGAA